GAAAAUAAUCCUUCUUCAUGGUAUCAGAGCCUAACCAAAAACCCUAAUCUCUCCUCUCACCUUUCGGCCUCCCUCCUCCUCCGCCGAAUCACCGACGCCGCCACCCUCCCUCUCCUUCUCUCUCGGCCAGCCAUCUCCUCCUUCCUAUCAUGGCUGAAAGUGAGAUCACCUCUCAGUCUACCUCCCAAAAACCUCCUCAUCUGGCUUUCUCUGUCUCCAACGUCAAAUUACAUGUCCCUAUUCAACUGAGCUUUUCUCAACCAAACUACAAAAAGUGGAGCCGACUGUUUCUUCUUCUCACACGUCGGUUCAACCUCCACGGUUAUCUUGAUGGCUCUAUCGCUCCCAUCUCCGACGACGACGAUGAAUGGUUUCAACUUGAUGCCAUUCUCCAGGGUUGGAUUCUCUCCACUAUCACGGAUGAAGUCUCUGAUCUGGUUAUCUCCUCCGUCUCUACUGCCUCUGCUCUUUGGAAGAUGAUUCAUGAUCUAUUUCACGACAACAAACAUGCUCGCGCCAUGCAACUCGAGCACCAAUUCCGCACCACGGUCAAGGGAUCUACCCCCAUGGCCACUUAUUGUCAAGAACUCCAAAAUAUUGCGGAUUGGUUGGACGACGUCGACGCUCCCGUCUCGGAGCACCAAUUGAUUCUUCAGAUGCUACGCGGCCUCCCCGAUGAUCUCCAGGCUCAGACCUCGUUCCUCCAAUUUCAGGAUCCUAUGCCGAGCUUUCUUCAGGUCCGAUCGGCCCUUCUCCUUCUUGAUCGGCAAAGGACCCCACUGGGCAGCACCAGCAGCACGGCGCUGCUGGCAGGGCACGGCGGCAGCGGCUACACCGGCGGACAGCACAGCGGCAACGGCGGGCGCGGCUCCGGCAGUGACUUCGGCAGUGGGGGACACUUUUUUGGCAGCAACUCUGGUGAUGGUUCCUCCUCCGGGCAGCGUGGUGGCUUUGGACGCGGACAAGGGCGCGGCAACGGCAACCGGGCAUUACUACAGAGUCUCAUACAGCAGCUUAAGGCUGAAUUCGCCAUGACCGAUAUGGGUGAUCUGCACUUUUUCCUUGGGAUCAAUGUUCACCGCACAGCUUCUGGCCUUUUCCUCCACCAGACUCAGUUUGCUCACGACAUCCUUGAGAGGGCAGGGAUGAUUUCCUGUCGACCUAUAUCGACCCCGGUGGAUACAAAGGCGAAGCUGUCUGCGUCUGCUGGCACAGCACUCUCUGACCCCUCUCUUUACUGGUCCAUCGUUGAGGUGCCAAUGAAGAAAGUUGGAGACAAGUUGAUCCCCAAGACCGAAGACGAGUUUGAUGCCGAGGACAUCAAAAAGGUCGAGAACUAUGCAAAGGCAAUAAACAUGCUUUAUUGUGCCGUAAAUCCUGAUGACUACCGCAAGAUUUCCUGCUGCUCAACCGCCAAGGAGAUGUGGGAUAAGUUAGAGGUGACGUACGAAGGAACGGGCCAAGUACGUGAAGCCAAGGUCGACUUCCUCACCCAAGAGUAUGAGAUGUUUCGGAUGAAGGAGCACGAAAAGAUCGACGACAUGUUCGACCGCUUUUCUAAGAUAGUCAACGAUCUUCAUGCAUUAAAGAAGACUUACACCGACAGGGAUCUUGUGCGAAAGAUCCUACGAAGCUUGACAUCCGAAUGGCGAUCUAAGGCCGAUGCCAUCUAUGAGUCAAUCGGCACAUCAAAUGUCACCAUCGACAGUUUAAGAGGUAACUUAAAAACAUAUGAAUCUACUACACUUAAUCCGUCUUUGAAUGACCAGAGAAAAGGCAUAGCAUUAAAAGCCUCCAAAGAACCGACAAUGAAUGACUCAAGCGACGAAGAUGAAGUCAAGCUCAUCAUGAAGAAGUUUUGCAAACUUCUAAAGAAAGAGAAGGCUGAGGAUGGCCCUGUGUGCUAUGGAUGUGGUGAAGCCGGGCACAUCAAGAACAAAUGCCCAAGAAACGGAAGGAAUGCUCGUCACUUCAAAAAGCAAAGAGCAUACAUCUCUUGGGGUGGCGACUCCGGCGAUGAGUCAAGCGAGCAAGAGGAAGACGAGGAAGCAAACCUUUGUCUCAUAGCUCAAGAAGAAGAGGAGUCCGCCAACGACGAAAACCAAGAGGGAAGCUUGUUUCCCUUGGUUGUACGAAGGAAAGGUAUUUUCCUUCGGGUUGAAGUCUUGGAGUGCGGUAUCUCCGAGCAAGUAUUGUUGAGGCUCGUGGGACUCGAGUUCUCAGGUUGUAACGGUUUGUUAAGCACCCGUAAGCUUAACGGAAGUAGUGUAGCUCGAGAGAGUCUCUCGGGAGACUGGACUAGCCACACGUUGUGGUGAACCAGUAUAAAUCUUGGUGUGCUCCCUUUACUCCUUUUUAUUCCGCUCUUUACUUUAUCCCUGCGAUUUUUAUUCCGCGAAAAUUUAUAAACAUUCUCGUGCCUCACUAUUCACCCCCCCCCCCUCUAGUGAAGGGCACUUAUUCUAACAUUCAUGUGGCCCCAUUUCGAAGUGAGUUGGUCCCGGG